AGAAUGGAAGAAGCAGCCCGAAGAUAAUGAAGAGGGGAUGGUUUAGAAGAAGAUUAACAGCAAGCGAGACAGAAGGCAAAGACACUGAAGACACAAAAUAGUUAACACAUGAAGAAAAUGGAGCAGAGGAAAAUGUCAAGUCCGUGUUUGUCCGCUUUUAAAGAGCAUAGGUCCAGAGCGAAGGGAGUUGGAAGGGAAAGGUUGACGCGCACUUUGCAUCCCAGAAAGCCUCUAACAGCCAAAGUCCACAGCAGAUUCUUCCAGUCUAAAAGGACCACUUGCAGACAUUUCAAAGUAAAGCAGAAAGUUCCUUCCAAACCUUACCUUAAUACGGGGGACGGGGGGGAGAGAUGGGAAAAGACGGGGUGUCAAAGUGUAGUCUUGGGAACGUAAGCGCUGGGUCACAAAAGCCUGAACAACAGCCGAAAUCAAGGACAAAUAGUACGAUACAUAAACUUGGUAACCUGGCGUUUUAGAGACAGAAAUGAAGCGAACCAGAACAACUUCAAAGCCCGCCUCAAUCCCUGUCAAUCAUCCCCCCUCCCUCUCUUGAUUGGUCAGUGCCUUGCAAAGGCUCUGGCUGAAACGUGCUUAUUUUAAUAUUGAUUGGCAUGAGAAAGAAUCCAUCUUUGUCCAGCGAUUGGCUGACCUGUCCAGGCUCCGGCCAAUCCUGAAAGGGGCGGGCUGGUUAAGCGUCAGGUUUCUCCCAGCAGUUUUCUCUGGAAGUACUGGUCAGGCUAGUGACUGGCCCUUUUCACUUCUCCGGCCCUGACACCGUACCUGAUGGAGCUUUCUUACCAGACCCUCAAAUUCACGCACCAGGCACGGGAAGCGUGCGAGAUGAGGACAGAAGCACGGCGAAAAAAUCUCCUUAUUUUGAUUUUGCAUUACUUGACACAAGAAGGGUAUGUUACAUUACAAAUGUUUACAGAGAUGAAUCCUCUUUCCCUGACCCCCACUUUUCCAGAUACACACUUAACAAAAUAGUUCAUAGAAUUUAUUUUUUAGAAUAGUUUUCUAUUUAUAGAAAAACUGAGCAGAAAGUAUAGAGAGUUCCCACCUACUGGGAAUCCCCCAAGCCAGUCUCCCCUAGUAUUAACCUCUUGUAUUGGCGUGGUGCGUUUGUCACAACUGGAGAACCGAUUUUGAUACAUUAAUGUUAGCUGAUCCAUAGUUUCCAUCAGGGUUUACUCUUGGGCUGUAGAAUUCCGUGAGCUUUGACAAAUGUGUAAUGUCAUAGAUCUGGCAUUGCAGUAUCAUAUCCAAUAGCUUCGCCCUAAAAAUCCCUUGUGCUCUGCCUACCGAUGCCCUCAUGUUCAGCAACACAGACACAGACACAGACUUUUAUUGCCUCAUUUACAUAGAUAUUAUUCCCAUUACGCAUUUGAAAAUUUUAACAAAGCUACCCUGUUCCUGAAAUACCUUCCCUUUCCCAUUCAGGUUUCAGCCCUAUCAAAUAAGAUUCCCCCGGGUCCCACUGCUGGGUAUCUACACAGAGAUAAUGCUCUUAGUCCUCAAUUCUCCUUCCCUCAAAAUAAAGGUAUCGCAUUUACCUGAUGACCUGUGCUUGACUCUCUUUUCUGUGUAAUGCCAUUUGUUAACUGAAAUGGGAAGCGUUUGAGUUUGGCCACCAACCUGAUUCAGAAACGGGCAAGCCCUUGCCAUGAAGGCUGAAGGUGUUCUGGGUUUUGUGAGGAAGAGAGCUCAUCCACUAUUUACUUUUGAGUUUUCUUUCUUUCCAAGCCUCGGCCAGGAAGAAAAUAUUUGGGUUUUAGGCUUAGGGCUUGAACUUUCAAGUAAACGUAGCAGUUCUCAACUGGGGUAAUUUUGCCCCUUGGGGGACAUUUGGCAAGGUCAGGAGACGUUUUUUGACUGCCACAAUGGCACCUGGGGGGAGAGAGCAGGGAUGCUGCUAAACAUCCUUCCAUGCACGUGACAGCAACCCACAACAGGGUUAUCCAGCCCCAGGUGUCAACCGAGCGAAGGCACUGUAUCAGGAAGAACUGUGAAAACAAAGAAAAGUCAGCGUAGUUAUCCCUUCUGCUACAGUGCUUGCUGUUAUUCACCAAGCAUGCAUUUCCCCUAUCUGCCACAAGAUGGCCCCUUGCAUCUCGCAUUCAUGAAAACUCGACUAGAGUUGCUCAUUGUCCUGAGAAUCCCUUGGUUAAGGUACUUUUAUGAGUGGAUUCUCAAGAUGAGAAGUAAACUUCCAGAAAAGUAGACCUGCCCUUAACAAAAUACUAAGAAUUUAUCUUCACAAAGAGGAUAGAUUAUAGUGGAUUGAAAUAAACAAUCAGAAAAAGCUUUGUAGAGAAGGUGAUGCGAGCUGCUCUUGAAAGAUGUAUGGAGGAUGGAAUAUGUAUGAAGUAUGGAUAGAGAGACAUGACGGACGAGGAUGUUCUAGCAGGUGCAGACAGAAAGAAAAGAAAGAAAGAAAGAAAGGGCAUGAGCUAAGUGGAACAAUUAGGUAGACAGAAAGAUCAGAGGUCGACUAUCAACUGACACUUACAAUGUCUUUAAAAUUAGCAGGGUCACCGGAAAUAAUCAUGGCCACCUUGUUUAAGAAAGUCCAGGCUUCCAAUUGACCUGAAUCUGGGGCAGGGAAGAGAGGAUAGUAAAUAACGUUUUCUUCUACUUUCCCAGACUGGAACCAAACAGCAAGAACUCUGUCCUGCAGCAGGAAUUCUUAAUCUGAGGUCCUUGGAUGAAACUGUAUGUUAACUUGUGCAUAUCUGCACACUUUUCAGGAGAGAGUUGUUGGUUUCAAUAAGAAGCCAAGAGCUAAGAUUAAGACCUGGAGAGUCUUUCCACUUUCAGAGUGAGACAAAGCAUUUGCUUUUAUUGCUAAGACCACCGAAGUUGGACGGCCCUACAACUGAACAGGUUAAAAAUGACAGUGAAGAACUCCCGGUGAAGACAGUCCUUACAUCCCCAGUCUGGUGCUAGUGUCACGUGUGACUGAAGAAAACACUACCAGGAAUAAUACAUCCAAGCCGAUGAUGUCUUCUUAUGCUAACUUUCCCUCAAUGAUAUUGAUCAACAUAGUUUCAGAAUUUCCUUCAAAACUCAAAACCUACCCUUUUCAAUUGCUUCAAAAUCAUGGCAGAUCUUGCCUCUUGAGGUUGAAUUUGGGUUUAUCAAUUGCCCGAUGUUAUCUAAAAGGAGUGCUGGUGAAUAAAGAGAUACAUCGAUGCAGCCAAUGCUUUGGAGCAAGAAACUAAACUGGGGUUACGACGCUUUGAAGUUUGUGACAACAUUGACCUUGAAACUAUUUUGAUGGAGUAUGAGAGCUACUAUUUUGUAAAAUUUCAGAAAUACCCCAAAAUUGUCAAAAAGGCAUCAUCAGACACAGUGGAAAAUAAUUUACCACAAAGAAGUGGAGGGAAGACCAGAAGAGUGAUGAGCGACAGCUGUCAAAAUCUUCCCAAGAUCAGUCAGCAGAGGCCACGGUCCAGAACCACAGCGGGGAAAUCAGGGGAUGCCAAAUCCCUCCGUAAGGAGCAUCCUAAACAGGAGGCUGUCAGUAAUUCCCACGCGGAGAGUGCUGACUUUGGCUUGAGCAUAUCAGGAAUCAACAAAGGCGGUGGAGAAGAAAACAUCCGCCCACAAAAAGGCCAAAUCGUUGACUUCCGAGGGCUGCUCACAGAUGCCAUCAAAGGAGCAACCAGCGAACUUGGCUUGAACAGCUUUGACUGUAACCCAGACCCCUCAGAACGAUUGUUGAAACCUCUGAGUGCAUUUAUUGGCAUGAAUAGUGAGAUGCGAGAAUUGGCAGCCGUGGUGAGCCGGGACAUUUAUCUCCAUAAUCCUAACAUAAAGUGGAAUGACAUUAUUGGACUCGAUGCAGCCAAGCAGUUAGUCAAGGAAGCUGUUGUGUACCCUAUCAGGUAUCCGCAGCUGUUUACAGGAAUCCUUUCGCCCUGGAAAGGUCUACUGCUGUAUGGUCCUCCAGGCACAGGAAAGACCUUACUGGCUAAAGCUGUGGCCACGGAGUGUAAAACCACCUUCUUUAACAUUUCUGCAUCUACCAUUGUCAGCAAAUGGAGAGGCGAUUCAGAAAAACUUGUUCGGGUGUUAUUUGAACUUGCCCGCUAUCACGCCCCCUCCACCAUCUUCCUGGACGAGCUGGAGUCAGUGAUGAGUCAGAGAGGCACUGCUCCUGGCGGAGAACAUGAAGGAAGCCUUCGGAUGAAGACAGAGUUACUGGUGCAAAUGGAUGGGCUGGCUCGCUCAGAAGAUCUCGUGUUUGUCUUAGCAGCCUCUAACCUGCCAUGGGAGCUGGACUGUGCCAUGCUACGCCGCCUGGAGAAGAGGAUACUGGUUGAUCUCCCCAGCCAGGAGGCCAGGCAGGCCAUGAUCCACCACUGGCUGCCCCCUGUGAGCAAGAGCAGAGCCCUGGAGCUGCGCACAGAGCUGGAUUACAGUGUGCUGAGCCGGGAGACGGAGGGCUACUCGGGCUCCGACAUUAAGCUCGUCUGCAGGGAAGCGGCCAUGCGGACUGUGAGAAAGAUCUUCAGUGCCCUUGAAAAUCACCAGUCAGAGAGCAGCAAUUUACCUGGAAUCCAGCUGGAUACAGUGACCACUGCUGACUUCUUAGAUGUGCUAGCUCACACCAAGCCUUCAGCAAAGAAUCUGACUCAGAGAUACUCCGCCUGGCAAAGUCAGUUCGAGUCUGUAUGAAAUCACACCGACCCUGACCGGGCCACAGAGACCACCAUGGAGGCCUUCCCAUUUAUUAGUGUAAGCAGGAGACGAACAUGAUGGUUGGGAGAGAAAAGAGAAAAUUAUACUUGAAGACUGAGUUCGUUUGAACAACUGGACUGUUUUGGAAAUGAGAGAUACUUUUGUUAACCUUUCCUGCCUGAUGCCAGCAGAACAUGGAAGAUGUCAGUUACAGGUGUACAGGCUAUUAGUCGCGCGAUGCAGACUUCUCCCCCUCCCACUGAGACUCCCUACACUUUGAUGAACUAUUUCUUACGGUG